UGCCGUUGAUGCACCUCAUCUACACCUUAACACGUCUACUUAUAUACGCCUUCUCCGCUCUGCUUCCCCGGUCACCUCCUCAUUAAGUACUCAUCUCUCUCUCUCUGGCGCUCUCUCUCUCCCCCCCAAAGAAAGACAGAGCCAUGGAUCGGAAAUCUUGUUUCGGACUUGCAUUGAUCUGCAUUGUCGUCGCCACCGUCGGCGGUCAAAGUCCUGCCGCCGCUCCUGCUAAAUCUCCUUCCGCGGCUACGGUGCCCACUCCUCCAGCAGCUGCUCCUACUGCUAAGCCAAUCACUCCUGCAGCUCCGGUCACUGCUCCUGCUGCCGCCCCUCCAACUGCAGUUUCGAAUCCUCCAGCUGCUGCUCCUACUGCUAAGCCAACUACGCCUGCAGCUCCGGUCACCGCUCCUGUUGCCGCCCCUCCAACAGCUGUUUCAACUCCUCCAGCUGCAGCUCCGGUGAGUGCACCGCCGACCGUCGCAACUCCUGUUCCGGCGUCUUCACCUAAGGCCGCAGCUCCCGGGAGCGCGCCUCCAGCUCCAGUGCCGGUGAGCUCGCCACCUGCAGCUGCGCCAGUGCAGUCUCCUCCUUCCCCGGCUCCAGAGGCUGCUACUCCACCUGCAGCUUCUACUCCUCCGGCGGCAACUCCAGCUCCGGCUUCCGAGCCUCCGGCUCCAGCUCCAAGCAAGAAGAAGGGGAAGAAGCACCAUGCGCCAUCACCGGCUCCCGCACCAGAGCUCCACGGGCCACCCGCACCUCCUUCCGACGCUCCCGGACCUGGUCUUGACUCGGGGUCUCCCGGUCCAUCACUUCCCGAUAACAGUGGAGCAGAGAAAUUGAAGGUGGUAGGAAGCUUGGUUCUGGGAUGGGGUGUGUUUGGCUGGCUCUUCUUCUAGGGAUGUAGACAUCACGCGGGUGUAUCAUUACUGUUUUUGUCCCCACCCAUCUUUGUCAUUUUGGUGUUAACAUAUUCCUUGGUUUAUGUUUAUUUAUUUAUCACAUGAUGAGCAGCUCGAUUUGGAUCCGUUGGGGGAUUUUGCCACAUUGGCUUUGUAAUUCUUUGGUUAGUAUUCGAGGGGAAGGCUUCUGUAGCUUUUUGUAUUUGACUGCUUGAUUCCCCGUGGACUCUAUAUAUAUAUAUAAUCCAAGAAUACUUUUACCCUUUUU